AUGAACGCUCCCUGGUGGAAGACAUACCUGAACACUCAGGUGUCCGACGGCAAGUCCCGUCUUACGCUGGUCGACAACUUGGGCUCUGGCGCUUUCGGCGCUGUCUUCCUCGCAUACUCGGAGGGGCCGCUCCCUAGGAAGUACGCAGUCAAGAUUAUCCCUAAACCCUCGAAGUCCUCGUAUCAAUACGAACGCAUUAUCGCGGAGAUCGAUCUCCACCAACGUAUUAGCGGCCACCCCAACGUCGUCACUUUACACUCUGUCGUCGAAGACGCGAAGAACUUCUUCCUCGUCCUCGACUACCAUACCGGUGGCGAUCUCUUUGACUCUCUCAUCGAAGAACAGUCUGUCAUGAAACGGAAGGAGGAGAGUAUCACCAACGCCGAUGGAUACAUCAAGAAUAUAUUCCUGCAGAUCAUCUCCGCGGUUGAGUACUGCCAUCGCCACGACGUUUUCCAUUGCGACCUCAAACCCGAAAAUAUCCUCCUUUCUGGGGAUGGCGAGCGCGCUUAUCUAGCUGACUUCGGGCUUGCUACUGAACAUGAGAUGUCGCCCAUGUCUGGCUGUGGCAGCGAUCAUUAUAUGUCGCCGGAAUGCAUCGCUGAAGAAACGACCCGGCGCUGCAAACCAUAUUCGACACGCCACGCCGACAUCUGGGCCCUCGGAGUAAUCUUAUUCAACCUCGUCACCGCAUGCAACCCAUGGAACAAAGCGAUUAGUAGCGACCCCAACUUCAAUGCAUAUCUGGGCUCCUUCCCUCCGGAUACCUACUCUCACGUUCUCUACCCCAUGGAGCCGAGAGCUCGGGACAUCGACAUACUCUACACGCGCAAAAACCUCAGCGGCCAGCCACUGUCGCGCUACGCAAACGAACUUUUCCGGGACAUCUUUGCGAUCGACCCCGCACGACGUCCGACGCUCGGCAGCCUUCGCCUCCGCGUACAGAAGCUGGGGACGUUCUACCAGCAGACGCACGUUACCGGCUCGUCCGAAACACAAAUGCGCCCUGCCUCUCAUAUUUUCUCCCCCGUCCUCCCCGACGCUCUCUCUGGUUCCAGCUCGACUUCGGACGAGUCCGACAACAGCGAGGGGCCAAUUACGCCGGAAACCUAUGCUGCUAUACCGGUGGUAGCAGACGCAGACAUCCCAGCGCUGGACAUGACAGAAGAGGGUGAAAUCAAGAUCGCGACGCCGAAGGUCCUUUUCCAGGCAGCCAAGCAAGACGCCAAUGGGCGUACAAAACAGUUUUUCCUCACGAAUGCUGGUUGGAUCAAGCGUCUUGUAUAG